UCCAAUUCCGGAAGGUGCUGCCCAUUUGAGGCGGCGGUUUCUGCGUUGGUAAUUAGUGUUUCUUCCCUGCCGGAGGCUUGGGGUACACGGCAGCAUCAUGGUGGAGGAAGUACAGAAACAUUCUGUACACACACUUGUGUUCAGAUCGUUGAAGAGGACUCAUGACAUGUUUGUAGCUGAUAAUGGAAAACCUGUGCCUUUGGAUGAAGAGAGUCACAAACGAAAAAUGGCAGUCAAGCUUCGUAAUGAGUAUGGCCCUGUGUUGCAUAUGCCUACUUCGAAAGAGAAUUUUAAAGAGAAGGGUCCUCAGAAUGGAGCAGAUUCAUAUGGUCAUAAACAGUAUCCUGCCAAUCAAGGACAAGAAGUUGAAUAUUUAGUGACAGGUACACAUCCAUAUCCACCAGGACCUGGGGUUGCUCUAACAGCAGAUACUAAGGUCCAAAGAAUGCCAAGUGAAUCAGCCGCGCAGUCCUUAACAGUGGCAUUACCUUCUUCUCAGGCCAGGGUUGAUGCAAAUCGUACUGUACCUGGUGGAAGUGAAUAUCGACAUCCUGGGGCUUCUGACCGUUCACAGCCUACAGUGAUGAAUUCAAUUGUUAUGGAGACUGGCAAUACAAAGAACUCUGCACUGAUAGCUAAAAAAGCGCCUACGAUGCCGAAACCCCAGUGGCACCCACCAUGGAAACUCUACAGGGUUAUCAGUGGACAUCUUGGCUGGGUUCGAUGUAUUGCUGUGGAACCUGGAAACCAGUGGUUUGUCACUGGAUCUGCUGAUAGAACUAUAAAGAUCUGGGACUUGGCUAGUGGAAAACUAAAACUGUCAUUGACUGGGCAUAUCAGUACAGUGCGGGGUGUGAUAGUAAGCGCAAGAAGCCCAUACCUGUUCUCUUGUGGAGAAGACAAACAAGUAAAAUGCUGGGAUCUUGAGUAUAAUAAGGUUAUAAGGCACUAUCAUGGACAUCUUAGCGCAGUGUAUGGUUUGGAUUUGCACCCAACAAUCGAUGUGCUGGUAACCUGUAGUCGAGAUUCAACUGCACGGAUUUGGGAUGUGAGAACUAAAGCCAGUGUACAUACGUUAUCUGGACAUACAAAUGCCGUUGCUACAGUGAGGUGUCAAGCUGCAGAACCACAAAUUAUUACUGGAAGCCAUGACACUACAAUACGAUUAUGGGAUCUGGUGGCUGGAAAAACAAGAGUGACAUUAACAAAUCACAAAAAAUCAGUGAGGGCUGUGGUUUUACAUCCGAGACAUUACACGUUUGCAUCUGGUUCUCCAGAUAACAUAAAGCAAUGGAAAUUCCCUGAUGGAAGUUUCAUUCAAAAUCUUUCCGGUCAUAAUGCUAUUAUUAACACAUUGACAGUAAAUUCUGAUGGAGUGCUUGUAUCUGGAGCUGACAAUGGCACUAUGCAUCUUUGGGACUGGAGAACUGGCUACAAUUUUCAGAGAGUUCAUGCAGCUGUACAACCUGGGUCUUUGGACAGUGAAUCAGGAAUAUUUGCUUGUGCUUUUGAUCAGUCUGAAAGUCGAUUACUAACAGCUGAAGCUGAUAAAACCAUUAAAGUGUACAGAGAGGAUGAUACAGCGACAGAAGAAACUCAUCCUGUCAGCUGGAAACCAGAAAUUAUCAAGAGAAAGAGAUUUUAAUGUGGCGUUGUCUUCAUGGUGGUUCUUUUUUUUUUUUUUAAAGCUUGGCGUUGGUGAGGAUAUCCAGUCAUUUUGUGCUCUGGCUGGGAAUAUAAAGCAGAAACUCACUUGCUUGAAUCAUUGAGGCUUCAUAUUUUACAUAAACUGUCCCCUGUCCCCUUCCCCUUGUCUUUUUAUUUCUAAAAUAAACAAUUUGUGAUCCUAGGAAGAUGCAGAAAUCAAGCAUAUGUAGGUUUAUUGAACAUAACUAUUCUAAAUAUAGACUAUUUUGACAAUAUUAGAAGACCACCUUUUUAAAAAAUGAACAAAAUAUUAUUAUAAUAGGAAAUGUUUUAAGGGAGCAGUAGGUUUUGUUUAUUCCUUUAAAAAUUAAUAUCUGUGAUAAUAAUUUGGGAUUAAAAGACUUGAAGUCUUAAUUUAACUUAUGUAUGUUUAUUCCAAAAGCAGUUUUUGAGUGCAUGCUCUGCAAAGUUGUGCACUAGAGACUAUUCAGGAAAUAGACAAACAGGAUGCGUUUGUCCUUCAAGAAUUCCAGUUUAUAGCUUAUAGAAAUGCUGUAAUAGAGGUGCAAGUGAAAUGCUGGGGGAGCACAGAGGAAAAUACAGUUCAUUUUUCCUGGGGAGGAUUGUGGAAGACUUCUUGGAGUAAGUGGCAUUUCAGCUGACCUUGAAAUGAAAGUGCAGAGAAGGAAAAAAGUAUUCUAGGAUGAAGCAUAAAGUUGAUGAAACCUGACACAGGAAAGUGUGUGGUGUAUUCUGUGAUAAAGAUUGCCUGCUGCAGUUGAGUAAUGGGGAGUAAAGCUGGCUUGUGGGUGAGAAAAGCUCAUGUUUCGAGCUUGGAUUUUAUUCCACAAGCAGUAGGAUACCAAUCAAUAUUGGUAUCAAAACGUGGGGAAAAUAACUCUGGAGAUACCAGUGGAGCUAUUUAAAGCUGUAGCAAAAGGCUGCAAUCUUGUAUAGAUUUUAUAGAAAAGUUAAAGUUUCUAAUACCUGUGCCUCCUGGUAAAUACGAACUUUAUAAAUUCUGCCCUUGGGAUACUGAUUCCCCAUCAGUCAAGAAGAUUUGUCAGACUUUACCUAUAAUGAGAAAACAGUUACAAGAACAAUCCAUUUUUUAAAGUUUGCAAAUUAAAAAAUUCCACCAUGAUUUUAAACAAGCAUUUCCAAAUUAUAGAUAUCCCAUCUUGCAUGCUGUAGGUAGGGGUAUAAUUGUUACAGCUUUUAGAAGUGUAGUUUUCUGAGUUUUAUUGAAAAUAUUUGAAUCUUUCGGCCUACUAACUUCAUUUCUAGGAAACUGCCUAGUAAGAAUACUCUGACAGUUACACACAACUCACUUCCUAGACCUUUGUUCUUUAAUAAUUAAAACUAGCCCAAAUGUCCUGUCAAUUAGGGACUGGUUUAAUUGUUUAUGGUACUGUCAUGCAAUUUGUUUCUAUGUAUUCAUUUAAGAGAGUGAGGAAUGUCAGACUAUUAUGUAAGAAAAAAAGUUGCACAAGCAUUUUUGUAAAAUAACUUUAUACUCUAAAAAAUAAUGGAGAAGUAACACCACAUUGUUAACAGUGGCUUUGUGAGGGAAUGGAAUUAUGGGAGAACUUUCAUGGUCUGCCUUAUAUAUUUCUAUAAUGUUUUAAUUUUCUAUAAGCAUGUAUUUUGUAAACUUAAAUAAAGAAAGAAAGAAAAAAAA